AUCAAAAUAGGCGACCAAGCUUGGUAAGUUAGCUAACGGCCGAGCUGUUUUGUGUAGCUAAGUUAGGCUACAUCGUACAUUACGGUAACUUACUCCGCGUCAUAAGGUCAAAGGACUACUGCACACAUUUCUGCAGGCGGUCGUGAGUUUCCUAUUUUAUCUGAUUUUAUAAGUGAAAACGUUCGUGUCCGUGUUUAUGAAUCUGCUAAUCAUGCUCUAAAUAUCUGUGGGUAGUGCAGCUUGCAGUCACAGCUGUGUUAUGGCUCCUUUAGUGAGCUCCUCGUUAAUGUCACCUGUCAGACUUUGUUGUUUACAUCGCAGUUUGUGUUGGAGAUCCACCAGGACGCUCUCUGCAGCCGGCUUGGCUCAAAGGAGUUUAUUGUGUCCAUCUCAAGGUGCAGCAGCUCUGUGCAGACAAACAAACUCUCCCUGGUGGAAUGGGUCUCGGGGAUUUUCCUCCCGUGGUGACGGUGCAGCCGUGGAGCAGCAGACCCUGCAGGACAUGGCCAAGAGCAUCAGAGAGCAGCAGUACAAGAGGGUGGUGGUGAUGGCCGGAGCCGGGAUCAGCACGCCCAGUGGCAUCCCAGAUUUCAGGUCUCCCGGCAGCGGCCUCUAUGACAACCUGCAGCAGUAUGACCUGCCUUACGCCGAGGCCAUAUUCGAGAUAAACUUUUUCCAUCAAAACCCUAAUCCCUUCUUCGCCCUGGCCAAGGAGUUGUAUCCUGGGAACUAUCAGCCCAAUCUGACCCAUUAUUUUGUACAGUUGCUUCACAAGAAGGGUCAGCUUCUCCGGAUGUACACGCAGAACAUCGACGGGCUGGAGCGAUUGGCAGGGAUCCCUCCUGCGAUGUUGGUUGAGGCCCACGGUACAUUUGCCACCGCCACCUGCACCGUCUGUCUGAAGAGGUACGAGGGAGACGAGCUACGACCAGACGUGAUGAGCGGGACGGUCCCGAAGUGCUCCACCUGUAAGGGCGUGGUCAAGCCUGACAUCGUGUUUUUUGGAGAGGAGCUUCCGGUGCACUUCUUCAAGUACCUGACAGACUUCCCACUGGCAGACCUCCUCAUCGUCAUGGGCACCUCACUGGAGGUGGAGCCCUUCGCCAGUCUGGCAGGAGCUGUGCGCAGCUCUGUCCCCCGACUGCUCAUCAACAGGGACCUGGUGGGGCCGUUCGCCUGGAGUCGGCGGCCCAACGACGUCGUGCAGCUGGGUGACGUGGUCAGCGGUGUGCAAGCCCUGGUCGACGCCCUCGGCUGGACUCAGGAGCUGGACGCUCUGAUGGCGGCUCAGAAAAGGACAACAAAGACAGAAGAGUGACCAUUUCACCACAUCACGCUGGAGGUUUGAGCUUAUUCACUGCACUCAGUAACAAAAACAACAAAACUGUAGGAAUAAAUCCAGCUGAAUUUUGUGUGCACGGUUUUAUUGGGGUUAAUGUGCCAGUACUUGGAUUAUUGGUUAUGUCACUGGAAACUCACAGACUGGUCUGCUGCAAUGGAAAUGCAGUAUAACAGAAAUGCUUAUCUGUCAAAUAUCACUGAAAGGCAGGUAAGUGACUUGCAGUGAUAACGUUGCAAAUCAAACCAGGUGCUUUAUGUUGCAACAAAAAGAAAAUAGUUGCAGAAGGACAAUAGAAAAUCGUGUGCAUCAGUUUGACCAUGUUGACCUAAUAAUAAGAAAGAUGUACAAUAUUUUAAUGUAUUUAUUAGCCUGUAACUUCUUGUGUCAAACUUCUCUGUACGUUUGACAACCUUGAUGAUGGCCUUUAGGAUGAAGAAUCAGUCAUUUAAUCCUUUUGAAAUCACUGAAGAUCACUGGUUUAGUGGAAUUAAAAGUCAAAAGUCAAAUCUGUAUAUUUAAAUCAAGGGAAAUGCAUGAAAUGAAUGAAAAGAAUCUUGUUUUAGCUUUGUUUUUUCAUAACAGGCUCUCAAAUGCCAAAACAUCAGAGGACUGAGUUGAUCAUUGCCUUGUUGUAAUUUUCAGUUUUAUGUUUAUCAAAACAAGCUCAAGUUUCAUAUUGAACUGUCAGCGGUGCUGCAUUAAAACCCGUUGGGUAAACAUUG